GAUUGAGCCCCUCUUACGUCAUUCGCUUUCACGUGCUGGUGGCAGCUGGUUCAGGUGGGGUUUGAAUGAGUUGAAAUCGUGGCUGGGUGGGAAAAAUUGUCAUUGAUCGUCGAAAUGAGUGAUAAGACAAAUGGGUUUCACGACGAUUUUGAGGAAGUUCGGGUUCCGGUGCCCUGGGGGCACAUCAGUGGUAAAUGGUGGGGCCCCAGGUCCAGCCAGCCCGUGCUGGCCAUCCACGGCUGGCAAGACAACGCCGGCACCUUCGACACUUUAGCCCCCUUGCUGGCGUCCAAAGGCCACUCGAUCCUCUGCAUCGACCUGCCAGGCCACGGUUUGUCCUCCCACCUGGCCGACGGCCACUACUACUACCUCUUCUGGGACGGCAUCCACAUCGUCCGCCGCAUCGUCAAGCACUUCAACUGGCGCCCCGUCACCCUCAUGGGGCACUCCCUCGGCGGGGGCAUCGCCUUCCUCUACGCCGGCACCUACCCCCAGGAGGUGGCCAAGUACAUCAGCUUCGAUAUUGCGAGUCCGAGUGUGCGAGACCCCGCCAAAAUCAUCGCCAGCAUCCCCGACUGUGUUGACAAAUUCCUAAAAUACGAGACUCUAACCCCCGAACAAAUGCCCUGUUACAAAUACAACGAUAUGAUUGAUAUUGUGGAGGAGGCCUAUAAAGGGGGCGUCACCAGAGCCUCCUGCGAGAUUAUGAUGAGGCGAGGGAUGCGGCCGGCGGGGCACAAGAAAGACCACUACGUUUUUAAUCGAGAUCCGAGGCUUAAAGUGGCAGCGCUGGCGUUUAUGACGCCUGAUCAAGUGCUGGAGUUUGCCGCGCGGACGACGUGUCGCGUUUUGAAUAUUCGGGGGAAUCCUGGGAUGAAGUUUGAUUUUCCGGAGUUUUAUGAUAAGGUGCUUGAUGCGAUUGGUGGGAAGGUGGAGAAGCACGUGGUUGAGGGCAGUCAUCACUUGCAUUUAAAUAACCCAGAACGGGUUGUUGAUAUUGUUGAUAGGUUUCUAUCAACGUAAAGUUAGACGGAAUUGUGAUAUUUAUUUUUCUAGUGUCAGUAUUUUAUUGUUGAUUCUUUCUUGUAGUUGAAUAAAACACUUUGGCUUCGAUUUUUUCUCGA